AAUUAAGCAAAACGAGAGGGCCAGCGUUUUGUUCAACGGAAAUCAUUGUGAAGUGCUGACAACACUGGAGGAAAGGCGAAGAACGACGACAGCCACAUUGGAUUGGCCUAGACUGGUGGCUGACUGGGGAGGAAGUGGAAUUCUGUUCGUUUGUGAAUCCUCUCAUUCCCAAAAAUGUUCCGAUCACUUGCCACGAAGGCGUACUCAAGUACCGCACGAUGUUUGAAAACCAACUCAGGAUUUCCCGGGGCCCUUAUGAAUCAGAGAAACAUGUCUAAGCAUUCAACGGAAACAGAUGAGGAAUUUGAUGCAAGAUAUGAAGCCUAUUUCAAUCGGAAAGAUAUUGAUGGCUGGGAGCUACGCAAGGCCAUGAAUGACUUAACAACCAUGGAUUUGGUGCCUGAACCAAAACUGAUCAGUGCUGCUUUGAGGGCAUGCAGGCGAGUCAAUGAUUAUGCUCUUGCUGUUCGUUACCUUGAGGCCAUCAAGUACAAGUGUGGGAACAGAGUCAAGGAAAUCUACCCCUACAUCCUCCAGGAGAUUCGACCAACACUGAAUGAACUGGGCAUCAGCACUCCAGAAGAGAUGGGCUAUGACAAGCCAGAGCUGGCAUUGAAGAAUGUUGAUGACAUCCAUUAAUCUUUGCUAAGCUGGUGAAGAAGUUAGAGUGAAAUUCAAAUCGUCAUUUCUUUCUAUGCUAUCCCAGGAUUUCUGUAGUUGCCUGGAAGGUCCUGUGAGCUGUGCAAUAAAAUGUGAAAUUAGAUUUCAUUUUCUCUGAAACUCAUCUGAAGCUGUUUAGGAUUGACAGGGAAUCAAGGAUACCAUCUUAGUAACCAGCUUUAUGCUAUAGUCAAAAGCAUAUCUGAAUUGAGUCAAUUUUAAAGCCACUCCUAUUUUUUUCAAGAAAUUUAUUAAAUAUCUUGGGAGUCUUUUUUGCUCUAGUUGUUCCCAUCUAGGAGAAGUGGGAGAAUGGGGAAGAAAGGACUAUACUUGGAAAAAUGCUCAAAAUCAUUCUCUGCUGAUCUCAUUCAAAUCGCAGUCUGCAAGAAUGGAGGGGGGGAAAGAACUAAGAAACUCUUAAACUGUUGGUCUAUUUAACAUGGGUCACUAUUGACUCAAUGUUUUGGAAACAAUAAGUUCCAUCAUGGGAGCAGAAAAACUCUAACAUCUAGACAAUUGAUUAAUAGUAAUAAAAAAAAUUUCAACUUUUGGGGGGAAAAGGAGGAAAAAAUGUGGAUAAAAUAAACUCAAUAAAUAAAACAGUAGGAAAUGGGUGAAUUCAAGAAAUAGACUAGUAAUAAAAAGUUAAGUACACCA